CAUGACUACAAAACCCACUACGACGACAACAACAACAACACGGAGCAUUGUUCAUCAACCACCGGAAACGGUGUUCCAGAUCACAUACGUAGCGAUCCCUACCGCAGUUGCCCUGGUUACGCUCAUCCUCGUUGUAGUUCUGUACUGUCACGUGCGAAAGGUGGGAGCGAUGUCAGCGACGUCGUAUUGGCGGCGGUUUUCCAGCCUGUCGUCUAGAAAGCCAACCCUCGCGGACAUCGACAUGACCGUUGAUGUUGAAAAGGGUCAGCUAGUGUCGGUGAACGAUACCAAGAAGUUGUCCCUCAACUUAAGCAGCCAAAUUGGUCGAAUGUCAUUUGAAGAGAAGGACAACGAGGAUAAGGCCAAUUUCAACAAACAUGUUGAUGCAAAGAAACAGUGUAAGGAAUAUCCGUUAGAAGAGAAAUCAGAGCAUUGGGGUCAGCGGGCUCUGCACGCGAGUGCACUCAACAGCAGACGAUCGCUAGAUAUACCGGAAGUCGUCGCGGAUACUCUGGACCGACUGGGUGAUUUGGAGUUCGAAAACCUAAUGCGCGAACUGGAAGAUUCCGGUAUCAGCUCGGGGUAUGGCCGUAUGCCUUAUACGUCGACUCCCCAAACCGCAUCGCUCAGUAGCAACUACGAAGUAAACACAGCGCGGGACUCAGUUCAGAAGGCUAGUGGCGAUAUUCCUAGAAGGUCAUUCAAACUGUCGGUAAAUUCGAAGCAAAAUCACGAGCAGGACCAAAGCAGACUGUUCGAACAGUACGAGCACGUGGUGCAUGAGUUUGAAACCGGAAGUGCUGACGCGCUCAGGGUAAACCGCGUUCAGAACUCGGAUACUGGGGCGGGGCAUUCUGUUGCAAACGAUAAACUGUUUCGGUCGUUACCUGGAUCGAUUGAUCAGGUUGCAAACAGCGAUGUGAAAGACCAUGAAAGCAAGGUAUUCAAAAACUUGCACAGCUCUCUGACGCUCACCAAACCGCCGCCUUCCGUGAAUAAUUUCAUGGAGGGAGACAUGGACGACGAAGUAUUCGUGUCAGACAAUAACAUCCAGACGGCUUAUUCAAACGUUUCACUUAUGGAUGAACACGCUAAGGAACAUUUACGAUUGUCAUUGGCCAAAUCGAAAAAUAUAAACAAUGGACAUACAGUUUGUGAUGGUUACAAAGAUCGAUGUAAUCCACAAACAAACAAUUCCCCUAAACAUUAUUCAUUGCAUUUUGCAGAUGCUCGAAACAAUAAAAGCAACACAGAUUUUUCUCCAAAUAGACCCACGUCUGCUCGUGGCGCCAUUACGACGAGUCGUUCCACAGUUACCGGAUAUCCGAUUCCGGUGAUGAGUUCCGUUUUCUCCGCGCAUGAAGUUGGCUUAACCUAUGCGCAAUGCAAGAAAAGCGUCGGUGAUGGCAGCCAGUUCGCGGGGGACGAGUUCGAGGCUAUCAACUUCUCUGAAGAGGAGGCGUACAGACGACAACUGGAGUUUAUACACGGGUCAGCAGACGUGGAUAUUCUUGAUCAGGAAUUCGUUUGACAUCAUCUCAAGUCGGCUCCUAGAAGCAGUACUGCACCAUCAUAAUCACUAAAAUCAGCAGCAGCAGAAGCAGCAUCGUCUUGUGCCCUCGUUGUUUAUGAACAAAAUAUUCCUAGCUUAUAUGCGUGGAUAAACAAUUAGCAUAUGUGUGAUUUGAACAUAGUGAUAUGUCGAUCAUAAAAUAUGUAUUGAUAUAUUCAAAGUUUUUGUAAACAAUUUAAACACAGCCAAACCUAGUAUGGAGAGUAACGUGCUCCGUCUUUUUAGUUGUUUAUUCCUUAUGUGAAUAAGGAACAAUUCCUUAUUCCUUAUUUAAGUUUAUAUAUGUUUGAUAUUUGUUUAGUAAAAUAUUUAAUAAAAUUCUUAAUUAAAUCAAAGCAAUAUAACAUAAAUAUAUUAACUUUAUGUAUUAAGACACAUAUUCAUGUUUUAUCUUCGCACGUGCAUACAAUUCCUUUAACCGAACAGACAUUGUGUACUUAAAAUACUAAUUUUCUUAUUCAGCAAUUCUUAAACUCUACAAUUAUUAAAUAUUUAUGUUAAUUAAAAUGUCCUAUCUAGUUCAUUAACAUAUUUGAUUUUACAUAUACUCAAGUUCUUAUUUUGGGGCUUAAUAAGAACAACGGAAUGCAUUGUUUGGAUUAACUAAAUACGUGUAUAAUUAUUUUCUUAAACACUGAAUAUCAACUAUGUUAAGCUUAAAUAAGCAACUGUUCCUUAUUCAAAUUAAAAACUAGGAAAUUGGAA